AUGCACCUGUUCAACGCCUCGAACGCCGAGGCGUAUCUGGCUGGCGAGGCCUCCAAGCUGCAGCUGGACGAGGUGGGGCCCUACGUCUUCCGUCGCCGAGAGUUCAAGAUCGACAUCAACUUCCUGGACGAUGGCGCGCGCGUGAGCUAUAAGUCGUACACGUACCACACGUUCGAGGCCUCGCUGAGCUGCGACGGGUGCUCAGACGCGGACAAGUUCACGAGCUUCGACGUCGGGUACUUGAACGUCAUCGCCCAGGCGGGCGGGGAGGAGGCCUUCCUCCGGCAGCUCGCGGCCGGCUCCUUCUCCACGAACGAGACGGUGAUCAACGACGCCAUAACCAACUACGGGCCGCAGAUGAUGCGCUGGAUCAACGGUCUCAACUCGCUCGACCCUGUGGCGAUGAACACCGUCGUGAGUGGGGGCACCGUGCUGACCUUCUUGGCCACUGGCCCGGAAGCGAUCGCUGACCUGGAUCUGUCGGGCUUUGUCUACAACGGGCUCUUCGUGACGCGAACGGUGUCGCAGUGGGCGCUCGGGUACCCGAGUCUGCUGGCUGGACUGGGUCUUGGCAGCGAGUACGUCACGAGCUGCAAUGUGACGGACGGCUGGAACGACAAGUGCGCGAGCUGUGAGGGCGACGCGUGCCUCGACAUUUGGUACGAGUGCAAGCAGUGCGCGUUGGGCGCGAGCGUCGUCGCUAUCAACAACGUGACGUGCGGGAUCAUAGAGGAAAUCUACGCGCAGGAGUACGGAGAGGAAGAAGCGGCGACGUUCAGGGAUAACACGUGCGGCCUGUGCGAGGCCUUCGGGCUCUGCGCCGCGCCACUCCCGGGUAUCGCUGAAGACUCGGGGCUGGACUACUCGAAGACGCCGCCGUCCGCUGACGAUCUGGAAACGUACAUUCAGAUCACGGGGUGUGCCGACGACGCGGAGAUCCUCGACUACGUCGAGUUCAACGGCUACACGUCCACGGCGUUGUGGGUCACGACCCUGGUCGAGCAGCGGCGCAACCCGACACUGUCGGAGAUCAUUGCGUUCAACGACUACGGCAACUGCGCCAACCCGACGGCCAACCUCACGUGCAGUGCUGUCCAGGGCAACGACGCGACGAGCAUCAGGCCGGGUGGGGCUGGAAUCACAGGCUUCGACGACACACUCACGCAGAAAGCGUCCGACAUGUACUUGGACGAAGGCAAGCAGAACGUGACGCUCUACUCGACCGAGACGGAGGUCAACUACGAAGGUAUCACGUUGCACCGCUUCAGUCCGCCUAACGAUCUGCUGACCAACUCGGAAGACAACGACGACAAGGGAACCGGUUGGCCCGUGGAUGGAGUGCAGCCGCUGGCCUUCUCUGCGGGCUUCUUGGCCUACGUGUCCUACCCGCUUUACAUCUACGGCAACACGUCGCUGCUUGACGCAGUUGAGGUCACGAUGAUGGACGGCGUGGGGGCAUCAGGCGACACCAUGUACGAUGCCGACUCGGGCGAGCUCAAGCAGGAGUACGUGGACAAGUACGUGACGUACAUUGACGUGGAGGCCGGCACGGGCAAGACCAUGGUGGCGCACAAGAGGCUCAUGGCGUCGUACGCGCUGUCGUACUCGACUCUGAACCAGUCAGCGGCGAUGUCGGACGUGCUGUGGCCUGAACUGGAGGCCGAAGUCAUCUUCCCCGCGUAUUGGGGCGAGGAGAGCGCCACGGUCGGCAGCUCGUCGGUCGACUACUACCACUUGAUCCAGCACCUGCUCAAGUCGGUGAUCCCAGUGCUGGUCGUCGGGCUCGUGGUGGGGCUGGCGCUCGUCGGAGGAGGCUUCUUCCACCGCCGCAAGACAGCCAAGCAGCUGCACACCCAGCGGAAGGACCCAGCGGGGGACGUCUAA